GACACAGACAAGAGCUUGUUGGAGAUCGAUCUUGAGCUUGCGCGCCUCCACGGGAAAGGUCAUGUCCUUGCGUGGGGCUGCCAUUGUCCCGAAGACAAACGCAAAAUCUCUGACCUCAACUGCACACCGGCAGACUUCCGCCAUGCCGUUGACGUCCUGAGAAAGAGCCAUUACAAGGACAGCCUGCGGGCGAAGGAAGUCAUAUCAAGGAAGACUGGUGGUGUCCUUGCCGUGUGCCUCACUUGCGUAGGCGACAAGCUCUUUUUCGGACAUCCAACAUAUGAGAGCCAGAUCGAGCCGCGCUCCAUCCUGAGCAAAGAAUCGCAGAUUCCCUGCCCAGUCGCCGACAAAGUUGGUAUUCCACUCAUCAUCCGCAAAGAGCUGCCUGCGCUCUCUUGGCGCGAUCGUGACUUCGAAUCUCGUCGGGAAAACCACAACGCGGCGAUGCUCAAUCCGCCUACCCAGAAGACUAAGACCGGUACUUUGAUCAUUGCUCGCAAGGACGGGAAGCCGCUUUUGCCCACGCACCUCUUCUGCCUCAUCAUCUACACUGGCGAGAGGCUCCAAGACCUGAAGUUUGGAGUGGACGACCACCGUCUGCCGAGUAUGAUGUUGCAGAGCCGUUUGAACUUGGUGUCUCCGGAGGACUUUGAGGAGUAUUACAACACUGAGUGGUAUCGUUUGAAGCUUUAG